GGCAAUGAAAUCUACAAGCUACAUUCUAGAAAUGUGCACAUGUACUUAAAUAAAUAAAUUUCCCAUUGGAUGAUGCAUACACUGAAAUAAUUUUGGUUGAGAGCUAACAAUUUAAUUAGUAAAUUACUUCCAUUUAACAAGUCCGUAGUGCAAAACUUCAGGGCAAAAUAUAGAAUCGUCAACAUGACUACGAGUGAAUUGAUUAUGCAUCGAGGAAUAUUCUCAAGACGAAAUAACAGCUCACAGGGUCGAAGGCCGAUGGUAGAGUUAUUGACAAAGCAAACUGAUGCAUAUCAUGUUAGCAAAUUCAAGUAUCAGCAGCAGUUUUUUCCAGAUAAUUCUGAAGUCCGGAAACUAUCGGCUGCUUGCUCUACCUGUUUUCCAAAUCACAGUUGUCAUUUGGACGAAGAAGUAAAGAUUUCUGGGAUCCGUAACCUUUUCCAUAUCCGAACGAAUAAUGUUGACCAGUCAUUUUUUGUUCGUCGUCUUUCCGCUCUGUCCUACGUUUGGGAAACUGCUGAGAUUUCCUUUAAAAGGAUUCCCGGUUUGAAUAGGGAAAAUAUCGUAAAAGACGCGUUAGAGGGAAUAAACUGUAGAGAAAAUCAGGUUGUCGAACUAAAGUCAGCAGUCAAGGAAUUGGUGCUACCAUUUACUGGACGGGGAAUAUUCUGGAUUUUCAAGUUUACGGGAUGGAUUUUACGGAAAUUCUUGGGGAUAGUUAGCGACGGAAUAUGUGUUCAUGAGGGGGAGGUGGAGCUUUUAGAGAGAGCACUGUUAACUGAUCUUCCUACUAUAUAUGUUCCAUUGAAUAAAAGUGGGUGGGAUCCUUUCGUAUUAUUCUUUACGCUGCAGUCUUUAGGAUUGGCCCCGCCAUAUUUCUUCUCUACGAGAAGUCAAAGAUAUUGGGCCCAGUUCGUCGGUGGUAUAGGGUUUCAGAAUAAUUUGAAAUCCCCUGGAACGGAAAAAAUAUCGGAAUCCACAAAAAACAUUCUUGGCGCAGCAUGCUUUCGGAAUAUACUUCAAAAUCGAGGAAGCAUAUGUUUGAACUUCGAGCAGCAAAGAACUCGAACUGGGAAACCAUCGGUUGAGUUAUUUGGAGUCGAGUUCCUUGACGAGGUUUAUAAAUGCUUUGUUACCAAACAAGUUGAGGAUGCCUAUAUAGUCCCGGUUAAUCUGGCAUAUGAAUAUUUGCCAGAGCAUUAUGGUAAACCACCUUUUACUAAUAAUGAUGGGAAUAUCUUGAAGAAAAUGAUCAGCUACCUUCAAUACAAGUUGGGGUAUAUUCGAGUUAGCUUUGGACAACCGUUCACACUUCGGGACUUCCUUGCAUCCAGCAAAGCUAAUGCAAAAUUAACAGGGUUAAUGGGGGACAUCAAACGAUGCAACGAUAUAAUCACUAGCUAUGCAAAGACAUUUGUUGGUGCAGAUUUGCGUUGGGAUUCAUCUCUUGAUCGGGCUUUGUCUUGUUCACUCUCUUCCUUGUACGGUUUGGAGUUUCAGGACGAUGAAACUGAUGACAAGUUCGUAUAUUUGGAUGCAUUGGCAUUUCAUACUAUCUAUGCAAGUACUCACUGCUCAGUGCCCCUGUCGACAAAUUGUGUGGCAUUUCUUCUAUUGAAAAAGUUUCGAAAAGAAGGAGUUUUUCUUUCUAAACUGUUUUCCGAAGUGCAACAGCUGAAACUUUGGUUUAGUAGCUAUGGGAAAGAUGUGGGAUUUACUGGAGAUGUUGAAAAAACUGUCCUUCACGCCUUGGAUAUUUUUGGACCAGAAACAGUCUAUGUUUGUCCUUUGGGAGAUGAACAGAUUGUCAGACCAAUAUUAUCAUCCGAGAGUUUGUUGCGGCUUGGUUAUUAUGCUAAUGGUAUUUUACAAUUCAUGGCCUCGGAAGCUGUUGUGGCUGUUGGUUUGUUGGCGAUUCUUGGAAACAACAUGCGAAUCACAAAAGCAUUCGACGUAGAGCAACUCCGAAUUAGUAAUGUGCUUUUGACUACCGAAGUUAGAAAAGUGUAUGAAACCUUCACUUCUGAAUUUUUUCUGCAUUCUCCAUGCUUGACACCGGAAACGGCUAUAGAAAAGGCUUACGAAUUGUUAAAUGACAGAAAUCUUAUUCAAUCUCUACUGGGCGAAACUGUUCGACGUUCCAGAGGAAAGGCAUAUGAGGUUGAAUUAUACGAUGACAAUUCAGAUGACGAAAAUGCCCCCCUCGGUAACAACAAUCAAGAAGGGGGUUUUGCACCAUACGACUUCAAAGUUUGUACAUCAGAAUACGCUUACAGAACCCUAUGUUUCUUGCGUAAUUUGUUGGUUCCCUAUAUGGAACUUUAUGCUGCAAUUGUUCUUGAACUUGAAUGCUUAAUAAAUCCCACGCUCCAAGCUAUUAAGUUUGUGAACGAUUGUGACUUUAUGAAAGCAACUUUGGAGAAGCUGAAAACAUUAUUCUCUACUGAAGAUUACGGCGAGCUACUGACAAUGGAAAUCUUGAAAACGGCUUGUCUGGCAUUCGAGUCACAUGGAAUUAUUUACUAUACAGUUGAUAGAAAAUCAAAGCGCAAUACAAUUCAUUUAUCACCCGCAUACGAAACCGUUGAGAAGCUUCGCCUUCAAGCCAACAAAAUUCUGCAUUUUGUGACCUACUAAUUUAUUUAAAUCUUGUAUUUUUAAGGUAAUAUUUAUCAGAGAUAAUAUUUUUCUAAGAAACAUUAUUGUUUCCCAUUCCCAUGAUGUCUGAUUUUGUAAUGCGUUUUUACUUUUACGAAGGAUAUGACAUGAUCUGAUUCCGCUUAGUUUUAGUGUUGUAUCUACUGGUACAAUGGAUAUUAUUAACAUGCUAUGCAAUGCUUUGUUACAUAUUGUACGACUAGAAAUAACCAACAAACGAAUACAAAUCGAACUUUUGUACUGUUAUACUAAUAAAGCACUGAUAAACCAA